GGAGGGACCGGGACGGGAACGGGAACCGGCGGGGCGGGGCGGGAACGGGACGGGACGCGACCGCCGAGCACCUGCCGAGCGCCCCCUUUGCGCGCACUUUGCGUCCCCUUUGCGCGCACUUUGCGCCCCUUUUGCGCGUCCCCGCGAUGCGGAGCCCCGGUGCCCUCCUGCUGCUGCCGCUGCUGGCCGGGCUUGGGGGAACCUCGGCCCCCGACCCCCCCCAGGUCUGCGCCCUUGGGAGCUGCUACCCGGCCACCGGGGACCUGCUGGUGGGGCGAGCCCCCCGCCUGAGCGCCACCUCCACCUGCGGGCUGCGCCGGCCACAGCCCUACUGCAUCGUCAGCCACCUCCAGGAGGAGAAGAAGUGCUUCAUCUGCGACUCGCGGCGGCCCUACGAUGCCCGUGCCAACACCAACAGCCACCGCAUCGAGAACGUGGUCACCACCUUCGCCCCCCGGCCCAAGAAAGCCUGGUGGCAGUCGGAGAACGGCGUGGAGCACGUCAGCAUCCAGUUGGACCUGGAGGCCGAGUUCCACUUCACACACCUCAUCAUGACCUUCAAGACGUUCCGGCCCGCGGCCAUGCUGGUGGAGCGCUCGGCUGACUUCGGGCGCAGCUGGAAGGUCUAUCGGUACUUCGCCUAUGAUUGUGCCACCUCCUUCCCCCACGUCCCCCGAGGACCCCCGCGCCGCAUCGACGACGUGGUCUGCGAGUCCCGCUACUCCGACAUCGAGCCCUCCACCGAGGGGGAGGUGAUCUACCGGGUGCUGGACCCCUCCAUCCCCAUCCGGGACCCCUACAGCCCCGACAUCCAGAACCUGCUGCGCGUCACCAACCUGCGUGUGAACCUCACCAAGCUGCACACGCUGGGGGACAACCUGCUGGAUACACGGCGCGAGAUCCGGGAGAAGUAUUACUACGCGCUCUAUGAGCUGGUGCUGCGCGGGAACUGCUUCUGCUAUGGCCAUGCCUCCGAGUGUGCCCCACUCAGCGGGGCCCCUGCCACCACCGAUGGCAUGGUCCAUGGACGCUGCGUCUGCAAGCACCACACGCAGGGGCUGAACUGUGAGCGCUGCGAGGACUUCUACCACGACCUGCCCUGGCGCCCGGCUGAGGGCUCCAGCACCAAUGCCUGCCGCCGCUGUGACUGCAACGAGCACUCGCGGCGCUGCCACUUCGACAUGGCCGUCUUCCUGGCCACCGGCAACACCAGCGGGGCCGUGUGUGACGGCUGCCAGCACAACACCAUGGGCCGCCGCUGCCACCUCUGCAAGCCCUUCUACUACAAGGAUCCCAGCAAGGACCUGCGGGACCCCGCCGUGUGCCGAGCCUGUGACUGUGACCCCGAGGGCUCUCUGGACGGCGGGAUGUGUGACAGCGCUGACGACCCAGCCCGGGGGCUGAUCGCGGGGCAGUGCCGCUGCAAGGAGCACGUGGCUGGUCCCCGCUGCGACCGCUGCAAACCCGGCUUCUUCGGCCUCAGCGCUGCCAACCCGCAGGGCUGCCAGCGUUGCCAGUGUGACCCCCGUGGCACGGUGGUCGAGGGCAGCCGGUGCGAUGCUGUGAGCGGUGAGUGCUUCUGCAAGAGGCUGGUGACCGGGCGCAGCUGCAGCCAGUGCCUGCCCGAGCACUGGGGGCUGAGCCAUGACAUCCCGGGCUGCCGGCCCUGUGACUGCGAUGUGGGGGGUGCCCGCAACAACCUGUGUGCCGUGGAGACGGGGCAGUGCCAGUGCCGCAGCCACGUGGUGGGGCGACAGUGUGACCGGGUGGAGCCUGGUUUCUACCGCAUCAACCUGGACCAUUACACCUACGAGUCUGAGGAUGCUCGGCUGCAUCAGGGCUCAGUGGUGGAGCGUGAGCCCCCCACGGACCGCCCGGCUUCCUGGACCGGGACAGGCUUUGCGCGCAUGGUGGAGGGCGGCUGGCUGGAGUUCCAUGUGAGUGAUGUGCCUUUCUCCAUGGAGUACGACGUGAUCAUCCGCUACGAGCCCCAGCACCCGGAGCCCUGGCAGGAGGUGAGGGUGAAGGUGCUGCGCCCCAGCCCUGUCUCCGCCAGCAGUCCUUGCGGGAACACCAUCCCAGCCGAUGAUCAGCUCUCCACCAGCCUCCCCUCUGGUGCCAGGUACGUGGUGCUGCCACAGCCCAUCUGCCUGGAGCGGGGGGUCUCCUACACCAUCCGAGUGGAGCUGGGCUGUGCCUCCGCUCAGCAGGAUCCCAGCGCCAGCGUGCUCAUCGAUUCGCUGGUGCUCCUGCCCCGUUACUCCUCACUGGAGAUGUUCAUCGCGGGCGACCCCAUCUCCAUGAAGCGCCGCGAGACCUUCGAGCGGUACCGCUGUGCCCAGCCCUUCCAUGCCGCGGGGCCCUCGCCCGUGGCCGAGCCCUGCUCCAGGCUCCUGCACAGCCUGUCUGCCAUCCUGCACGACGGGGCGCUGCGUGAGUCUGGCCCCGCACCCCGUUGUGUCCUGCGCCCUUUGUGGCAGCGCUCACCCCGCUCUCUGCCCGCAGCCUGCCUCUGCGACCCCCAGGGCUCGACCAGCGCCGAGUGCCAGCCCCAGGGCGGGCAGUGCCAGUGCAAACCCAAUGUCAUGGGGCGGCGCUGCCACCGCUGCUCCCCAGGAACCUUCGGCUUUGGGCCUGGCGGGUGCCGAGCAUGCCAGUGCAGCAGCGAGGGGUCGGUGAGCCCCGUCUGUGACACCACCACAGGGCAGUGCUCCUGCCGGGAGGGUGCCCAUGGCUCACGCUGUGACCGCUGCCAGCCCGGCCACUGGGGCUUCCCAUCCUGCCGGCCCUGCCAGUGCAACGGGCACGCCGAGGAGUGCGACCCGCGCACGGGCAGCUGCCUGCGCUGCCGCGACCACACCGACGGCGAGAGGUGCCAGAGAUGUGCAGCCGGGCACUUUGGGAACCCGGCGCUGGGCUCUGGGCAGCACUGCCGGCCGUGCCCGUGUCCCGAUGGACCUGGCAGCUCCCGGCACUUCGCCGCAUCCUGCUACCAGGACAGCCGGUCCCGGCAGGUCAUCUGCCACUGCAGCCCUGGGUACACAGGUCCCCGCUGUGAUGAGUGCGCUCCGGGGUACUACGGGGACCCGCAGCAGCCGGGCGGGCGCUGCCUGCCCUGCCAGUGCCACGACAACAUCGACAUGACGGACCCAGAGGCGUGCGACCGGCACACGGGGCGCUGCCUGCGCUGCCUGUACAACACGGCGGGGCCGCACUGCGCCGAGUGCCAGCCCGGCUUCUAUGGGGAUGCCGCGCGGCACAGCUGCCGGCGUUGCUCCUGCAACCCGCUGGGCACCGACCCCAGCACCUGCAGUCCCCAGCAGUGCCAUUGCGACGUGCGCAGCGGGCAGUGCCACUGCCUGCCCAACGUGGAGGGGCAGAGCUGCGACCGCUGCAGCCCCAACUUCUGGAACCUGGGCAGCGGGCAAGGCUGCCAGCCCUGCGCCUGCCACCCCCAGCACGCCCUGACCCCCACCUGCAACCAGUUCACAGGGCAGUGCUCGUGCCGGCCGGGCUUCGGGGGCCGGACCUGUGCCGACUGCCAGGAGCAACACUGGGGUGACCCACGGCAGCAGUGCCGAGCUUGCGACUGUGACCCCCGCGGCGUCGCCAGUGCCCAGUGCCACCGUGGCAGCGGCCACUGCGACUGCCGGCCCGGCAUCUCCGGCGUGCGCUGCGACCAGUGCGCACGGGGCUUCUCCGGCGCCUUCCCCGCCUGCCAGCCCUGCCACCCCUGCUUCGGGGACUGGGACCGCGUGGUGCAGGACCUGGCUGCGCGCACCCGGGCGCUGGCGCAGCGCGUCAGCCUCCUGCAGCACACCGGGGCUGCCAGCGCCUUCCAGGGCACUUUCCGGCGGCUGGAGGAGAACCUGGUCACCGUGCGAGACGUGGUGGCUGCCCAUAACGCCACUGCCGCCACUGCUGCCCACCUCACGCAUGCCACGGAGGGGCUGCGGCGGCACAUCGAGGAGGCGACGGAGAGGCUGACACGGCUGGAGGGGGAGCUGACGGCUGCUCAGGAUGCCAACUUCAACGCCAGCCAUGUGCUGAGUGUGGUGGACCGGGGUGCCCGCGCCCUCAACCACAGCCUGCAGGACCUGGAGCAGCGGCUGCAGGCCCUCAAGACCUCCAAUUUCCUUGGUGCCUACGACAGCAUCCGCGAGGCCUAUGGGGAGUCACGGGAUGCGGAGCACCGGGCUGAUGCCUCCACCCGCGCCGUACCCAGCCCCAUCAGCACCUCGGUGGCCACCCGGCACCACGCCGAGCAGCUCAUGGCCAGCCAUAGGGAUGACUUCAAUCGCCAGAACGCAGCCAGCCGGCGGGCGCUGAUGGACCUGGCAGCAAGAGCACAGGCACUGAGCCUGCAGCCGCUCAAUGAGAAGGUCUGCGGUGCUGCGGGUGACGUGCCCUGUGCCGAGAGCCCCUGCGGAGGAGCCGGGUGCCGGGAUGAGGAUGGGGGACGGCGCUGCGGGGGGCUGAGCUGCGGCGGGGCCGUGUCCACGGCGGACAGUGCGCUGGACCGGGCACGCCACGCACAGGAGGAGCUGCGGCAGGCGGCCAGCGACAUGGCCCAGCUAUCCCAUAAGGUGGCUGAGGCCAAGGGGAAGGCAGAUGAGGCUCGGCUGCGGGCACAGGCGGCGCUGGACAAGGCAAACCAGACCAGGGCCCGUGUGGAGAGCUCCAACAAGGAGCUGCGGGAGCUCAUCAGCCACGUCAAGGCCUUCCUGAGCCAGGAGGGCGCCGACCCCGAGAGCAUCGAGGUGGUGGCCAGCCGCGUGCUGGAGCUGUCGCUGCCGGCCGCGCCGGCGCAGAUCCACCGCCUGGCCGAGGAGAUCAAGGCGCGGGUGCGCAGCCUGGCCAGCGUGGAUGCCAUCCUGGAGCAGACGGCCGGCGACGUGCGCCGGGCCGGGCAGCUGCUGCAGGAGGCACAGCGAGCCCGGUCGCGGGCUGAAGGCGUGCGGGGCACGGCCGAGGCGGUGCGGCAGGCGCUGGAGGAGGCGCAGCGGGCACAGGGCAUGGCGGAGGAGGCGCUGCACCACGCCACCGGCGACAUCCAGCACAGCGAGAGAGCGCUCGGCACGAUGCAAGCCCAGACAGCGAGUGCAGAGCAGCGGCUGGCGGGCGCCACGGCUCAGAUCGGGGCGCUGGACGGACAGAUGGACUCCCUGAAGGUGAAACGCGCCAACAACAGCCUGGCGGCCACACGAGCCCAGGAGGCGGCCGGCACCGCGCGGGACCGCGCCGGCGAGGCCAAGCAGGUGCUGGAGGGGCCGCUGCGGGACCGGUACCGCGCGGCGCAGGAGCUGGUGCAGCACCGCGCGGAGGGCGCGCGGCAGGCGGGCGGGCGGGCGCAGCGCCUGCGGGACGAGGCGGCGGGGCUGCUGCAGGAUGCGCAGGGCAAACUGCAGCGGCUGCGAGCGCUGGAGGAGGCGUACGAGCGCAACGAGCGGGUGCUGGACGCCAAGGCGGCGCAGCUGGGCGGGCUGGAGGCCAGGCUGAGGGACGUGCUGGCCGCCAUCAACCAGCAGGUCCAGAUCUACAACACGUGCCAGUGAGGACCCCGCAGCCCCUGCCUGCGGCGGGGCACCCCGUGCGUGAAUAAAGUUACAGAGCAAAUUG